AUGAAAGAACACACAGCUCAAACUCUUUUAUUUUCUAUUGGAUUAGCAGUUGUGUUUAUAGCGGCAGUGAUUGGGAUAUUCAUAAAUGUAGUGAGACAACCCUAUACUACUAAAAUAAAGAAUACAGAUCAAUGGAUUAUUCAUUCGGAUAUUUCUGUUAAUCAUUUAAUUUCUUUGAAUUUAAUGAUUAGAAAUUCAAAAAACAAAACAUUAAUGGCACUUGUAACAACAUCAAGUGAAUUACAGGAUAGUGGUGAUGAUUUUGAUGAAUUAAAAAUAGGAGAUGAAACAUUUGCAAUUUCUGAUAUUUGGAAAAUGUUUUUAAAUAAGAGAAAUACAUUCAUUUAUAAUAGACAAACAUAUAAUAUUAAUAAUACUUUAUUAUUAAGAGGAGACCAUAUGACUAAUGAUAAAGGACAAAGAUUUUCAUCUGAAGAUGGUAUACGUAUGAGAAAAUACAUGUUAGGAGAUUUUAUACACAAAGUUUUACAAAAUAGAACUGGAAAAUAUGAUCUUAAUUAUGAAUUUCAAGAUGAUUAUUUAGAAAAGUCAUAUCAGAUUAUUAAAUCUGCUUCUGAUACUAUUAACUUUCUGGUAUUAGGACCAGUUACUAAUUUAGCUAAAACUCUACAAUAUUGUAGAGAAAGGGAUGAAUAUAUAUUUGAUAAAAUUGGUAAAAUUGUUUUAUAUGGAGGAACAACAAAUCAAACAGAUUUUGAUGGAGAAUAUAAUAUGGGUUUUGAUGUUAAAUCUAGAGAUGUAAUAUUUUCAUAUGAUGAAUUGAGAAGUAAGAUUUAUCUAUUUCCUGUUAAUUAUGUGGCAAAAACACCAUUAAUGGAUGCCUCACUUGUUAAAUUUACCAGAUUAUUUGCAGAUGGAUGUGAAAAAAAGAUGGUAGCCAUUUCAAAACAACCAACUCUUAUUUAUGAUAUUAUUAGUUGGUGGUUAAAUUCAUAUAGUGCUCAAAAUAGUACUGCAGAAUUUACAGAUGAUUAUUUACAGCAUGAAAUUAUUUUCAAUAAUGAAGUUGUUUCAUCUUCCAGUUUAUGGUUGGUUGAUGUAAUUAAUACCUUUCAACAACAAUUCAUUGAUUGGAGUAAAACAACUCCUGGAUAUUUUAGACUCGUAACUGGAAAUUAUAUUACCAGAGUUAAUUUGAUUAGAAAGAUUGAUUGGUACAAAUAUUUCGGUUUCUUACUGCACAAAUGUGUGUAUGCUUAA